CCGGGAGGAACCGGCGGAACCGCUCAGGGGGUCCAUCAGCAGCAGCGGCAGUAGCAGCAGCAGCAGAGUCGGGGUGUCUGACCCCUUGUCGGGGUCCCUGGGGCGAGGUGUCUGACCCCCUUGUCGGGGUCCCUGGGUCCGGGGUCUCUGACCCCCUUGUCGGGGUCCCGGGGGCGAGGUGUCUGACCCCCUUGUCGGGGUCCCUGGGGCGAGGUCUCUGAUCCCCUUGUCGGUGUCCCGGGGGCGAGGUGUCUGACCCCCUUGUCGGGGUCCCUGGGUCCGGGGUCUCUGACCCCCUUGUCGGGGUCCCUGGGUCGGGGGUCUCUGAUCCCCUUGUCGGGGUCCCGGGGGCGAGGUGUCUGACCCCCCCUGUCGGGGGUUUCCCUGGGUCGGGGGUCUCUCUCUCGUCGCUGAGUUGGGUUGUGGUGUGUGUGGGUGUCUACGCCUGGGUCUCUCCCCCCGACGAAUCCCCGUGUUGUGUGUGUGUUGUUGUGUGUGUGUGUUGGGGUGUGUGUGUGUAGUGUGUGUGUGUGUUGGGUGUGUUGGGUGUGUGUGUGUUGGGGUGUGUGUGUGUAGUGUGUGUGUGUAGUGUGUGUGUGUUGGGUGUGUGUGUGUUGUUGUGUGUGUGUGUGUUGGGGUGUGUGUGUGUAGUGUGUGUGUGUUGGGUGUGUGUGUGUUGUUGUGGUGUGUGGGUGGUGUGGUGUGUGUGGGUGGUGUGUGUGGGUGUCUCCCCCCGACGAACCCCCCCCCCCGCGUGUUGUUGGCGAUGGAGGCGCGCGGCUGCCGCCAGACGGAGCUCCGUGCCCGCUACAAGCGCUGCCUCGCCCCCCCCGCCUGGAAGCAGCAGCUCCGCGAGCGCUGUGUUACUCGCUUCAGGGAGUCGCGCUACGACCUGUUGUCACGCUUCCGCCACCUCGCUCCACACCCCGAACAAGAUCAACAACAUCUCCCCACGUGCAGCGGCACAGGGAGCCCGGUUAGCGUUGAUGCUGCCCGAGAUGGAGGAGUUGCUUUGGCGAUGGUGAAUGCCGUGCUGCAGGAAGAGUGGGAUGCUCUGCAGAGCUCGUAUAGCGACGGCUUCCCGGAACCGGAGGAUGCGCCGUUUGUGGAAGAACUUCGUCAAGAGCUGCUAUCCGAAGCACUGUCGUACGAGCUGGAGGAGCUGCGCCGCCUGGAUGAAGAGAUGCUGCACGAGGCGGUGGGGCGGCUGCACGACCACGAGGGGGACCUCCUGUGCCCCGCGUGUCUCCGGGGUUACGUGCUGCAGGGAGAAGCUCGCCUGACGUGUCCAUGCGGCUUGGACCUCCGCACUCGGGUCAGCGCGCCGGAACUGCGAGCCCGGCUGUGCGCCGUGAUGCAUGCGCACGGCCAGGUGUGCGCGUGUCGGCCCAGCUUCCAGCAGAUGGACAACACGCUGAUGGCGUUCUGCCAGGUCUGCGACUCCCUUGAGGUUGUGCUGUAGAGGGCGGCUCGGCCCCGCAGAACGCCGUCCACUCUGCCCGGCACGUUCCAGCAACGGGGGGGCAAGAGGAAGUCGCCUGCCCCCCCCCCCACCACCAGCGUGCCCCCCCCACCCAUCCUCUGUUAUUUUUAGAUGGUGGUUUGUCAAUUUUUUUUUAGAGAAUAAAUAAUGUUUCAAUGAAGUUGAAUGGGCUGCAGAGCAGGUUUCGUUCAGUUCGUUUGUAUUUAAGGUCUGUAAAUACUGUGGAGUGCUUUGAAAUAAUAAACGUGUAUUUUUGAA